AUGUUAAAACAAGUUAUUAAAACAGUAUCAAGCUCACAAGCACCAAAGAAAUAUUUCUUUAAACAGUUUUGUACAUCAACAACAGAAAAGAAAGGUCGUGUUGGUCUUGUUACUUUAAAUAGACCAAAAUCAUUAAAUGCACUUUCUGAUGGUUUAAUUUCAGAAAUUAACAGUGCUGUUAAACUCUUCCAAGAAGAUAAAGAUGUUGGUUCAAUCAUUAUCACUGGUAGUGAAAAAGCAUUUGCUGCUGGUGCAGAUAUUAAAGAAAUGGAAAAAGUUACAUUACCAGAUGCUUACAAUAAUGAUCUUUUAGCACAAUGGCAUGACCUUACCAAGAUUCGUAAACCAAUUAUUGCAGCUGUAAAUGGUUAUGCAUUAGGUGGUGGUUGUGAAUUAGCAAUGAUGUGCGAUAUUAUUAUCGCUGGUGAAAAAGCAGUAUUUGGUCAACCAGAGAUUAAAUUAGGUACUAUUCCAGGUUGUGGUGGUACACAACGUUUAAUUAGAGCAAUUGGUAAAUCAAAAGCUAUGGAAUUAGUUUUAACAGGUAAUAAUUUAACUGCAGUUGAAGCUGAAAAAGCUGGUUUAGUUAGUAAAGUUGUUCCAGUUGAAGAACUUUUAACUGAAGCCACUAAAAUGGCUGAAAAAAUCGCUUCUUAUUCUCAAUUAACUGUUGCAAUGGCAAAAGAAGCAGUAAAUGCAUCAUAUGAAUUAACUCUUCAAGAAGGUAUUAGAUUCGAACGUAGAAUGUUCCAUUCUACUUUUGGUACUCAUGACCAAAAAGAAGGUAUGAACGCUUUUGUUGAAAAGAGAACUCCAACAUGGCACAACAAAUAA